AUGUCGCCCAGUCAAAUUGGAUUGUGUGUAAUAAGACUGUGGAAUAUCGUUAAUCAAAUUAAACGGUUGUUUAAAAGAAAGAAAAUCUUUGAAGAAAAAUUAUUAAAACAUUUUCAAUUAUUCACCACAGAUAACAACAGUUGGACUGAAUGUCUUCUGCGACUUGCAUGGGCAUUUCAUAACCAUAUAUCAACGUUUACAUCAAUCGCAGUUGACGUGCGUUGUCAUAAAAACUCCUUAAUUGGCUUACAGAAUAUGGGCAAGGCUUUCGAAUUUUCUGCGGUAAAAAAAGGGCGAGGAAGAAAACAACUUCUUCAGAAAUGCCAUUUUACAUCUUUUCGAAUAUUCGGAAUAGGUAGAACAGUGAAACGAUUAUGUGUAAUCAGACCCACCGAUUCACCACAAAAAUACAAUGAUUAUUUCGAAUUUCCGAUUGGUCCUGAUAUGAUGCUCUUUACUGUUCAUGGAUUAGUUCAAACUGAAGGGAUUUUUGACACAGUCGAGGUGAACGACAAAGCGGACGAAUUUAGAAGACGUUCACGUCAUCAUUUUAUUCAAUGA